UAAUCGCAAUGUAUUAUAUCUGAGUACGUGUUACAAGUAAUACACCGUAAUCAGCUCUAUAUUUUUCUGCGAUAAAAAAGUUUUGAAACCAGUUUCAAAAGUUUUUGUUCGACGCUGAUAUUGAAAAAUAUUUUGUAAUUUAAAAACGAAAUCAAAUAAUGAACAAAUCUCAUAGGAGUUUAUAGCGACAAAUAUUAUAAAGCAAGAUCAAAAGAGACUUACAAGAAAAUUGAUACCACUCUCGAUAGAGUGAAGGUAACAUUUUGUUCAAACCCAACUAAAAGACAGCACGAUGGUAAACACAAAGAAGAACUCUCUUCAGAACAUGGAGCAGAUGGCCCCACUGACGCGGACGCCUGAAAAGGUCAGUCAGAAAAUGACGACGUGCAAAAAUUUUAAAUAUAUAAAAGAAAGUGUAACAGUGGAGCCAACGGUCGCUUUGUUCAUGAUGACGAGCAUCAUAACUAUGCUGUCUACGCAGAAUUUGAAUAUAGAUAAGGCCUGUAGAGUCAAUUUAGAGUACAAUGAAGCGGUGUGCACCGCCUUGAAGCUCCGCCAGCGGGAGAACUUGACAAAUGAAGAGGACGAGGUUCAGAGGUUGGUGGCUUCUGUGGAGGGAUGGAAGAGCGUCAUCCACACCGCCUUCCCCAUCAUCCUGAUGAUGUUCAUCGGGGCCUGGAGCGACAGAACGGGGAGACGCAAGAUAUGCAUCCAGUUGCCCGUCGCCGGCGAACUCAUUUCUUGUAUCUUGAAUAUAAUCAACACCUACUUCUAUCAGGCGUCAGUGGAAUGGACCGCGUUUUGUUCCAUCAUCUUCCUGUCUUUGAGUGGGGGAUGGUAUACCAUGUUCCUGGGCGGGUACAGUUACAUAGUGGAUAUCACUUCAGAGGAGACAAGGACGUAUCGGCUGGGAGUGCUAUCUCUAGGAGUAACAGUUGCUUUCCCCGUCGGGAUCGGUUUAAGUGGAAUUAUCCUGCGUUACGCCGGUUACUAUGGUGUAUUCGGUAUAGCAGUUUUAAUACAUUCGAUUAACUUUUUAUACUUAUAUUUUUAUAUCGAGGAUCACAGAUGGCUGGAAAACGUGAAGAAGGACAAGCAAAAAGGAUGUGUUGGAUUUUUGGUAGAUUUUUUCAACUUCGAUAGCUUGAAAGAGACUGUACAAAUAGUAUUUAAGAAAGGACCGAACAACAGAAGAUUGAAAAUAUGCCUGAUACUAUUUCUAGUUUGUUUAACCUUUGGCCCUAUUUGGGGCGAAACAUCAAUAGUGUACAUAUUCUGUCGGUACCAGUUCAACUGGGACGAGAUCAAGUACAGCAUGUACUGUACUUACAGCCUCAUUUUACAUACAUCUGGCACGAUGUUCUCAAUAAGUUUCUUCAGUAAGAAGCUAAAGCUGGAUGACUCGAUGCUGGGUAUCAUCGCGAUGACGAGCAAGAUCGCCGGCGCACUCAUGUGGGCCUUCGCCAGAAACGGCAAGGACAUCUAUGUUGCCCCCGUGCUAGAGUUGCUAAACGGAACAAUACAAAUCGCCACGCGAUCCAUAACCUCCAAGAUGGUGACCAGUAAUGAACUAGGCAAGGUGUACUCCCUCUUCGGUCUGGCGGAGACGAUAGUACCUCUCAUCUUCUCGCCGAUGUACUCAAUGGUGUACAUCACCACACUCCACAUACUGCCCGGGGCGCCCUUCCUCAUCACCGUGGCUGCGUCUAUACCGGCUUUAUUUGUGUUCAUAUGGUUCUAUUAUGAACACAAAAAGGAUUCAAAGAAGACUACUCAAGAAAACGAGCCUUAGAAAUGAUAUUAAAUAUU